UCUCAUCCCUAAUUUUUACACGUCGUUGAUUUGUGUCGACUGGCUUAAAAAUGGUCGUCCAAGAGGAUAAUCAAAAUACUGGAGACGUUCUGGAGAAGACGGAGAGUGCUCCGGUAGCGCCCGAGCCGGUUAAGAUCUUCACAGUGGAGAUUCUGCAUAUGAUCAAGGAUGCCCAACAGCAGCACGGUCUGCGCCACGGCGAUUUCCAGAGGUAUAGGGGCUACUGCACGCGCCGUAUCCGUCGAUUGAGGAAGGCACUGAAGUACCCGCAAGGCGACAAGCGGCACUUCAAACGACGCGACGUGACCAUUGGGCAGUUGACGGGCAAGAAAGCGGACGAGCGGUUUAUCCACAUCCCACUGAUCAGCGCAGAGCGGGCCUGGGCUUACGCCAUGCAGCUCAAGCAGGAAUCUAACACGGAGCCGCGAAAGCGCUUUCACUUGAUCAACAAGCUGCGAAGGGCCUGUUUCUACGCUCUCCAACUGCAGGAACUGUGCAAUACUGAAGCAUUCGAUGCCCGCACCAAGCUGGAAUGCGAAGCCUAUGUUGCCUGGAUGCACGGCACACUGCAUUUUGAGCUCCAGCUGUGGAAAACCGCUGGUGAACACCUAAAGCGAGCCCAGGUGGUGUACGAGAACCUUGCCAAGGCUCUGCCAGAUGACGAACAGGAACUAUACCGCGCAAAAGUUAAUGAGUUCACGCCUAAUCUGCGCUAUUGCGCCUAUAACAUCAGCGGUGGUGCCAGUGGCGGAAAGAUCGAUGAGAUCCUGGAGCUACGCGCUCAGGGAGUGCUCGAGAAUCUGGAUGUUUUGGUCAGUCAGACUAAGACGGAGAGCAGUGAAGGACUGCAGACGAUCGACUGGCGCGGUCGCAAGGUCACUGUACGCCCGGAGAAAGUUCGUUUGUUCCUGCUCAGUGCCCAGGAGUUGGACAAGUCGCUGGCCAAGGCCACCAAACUGGAUGCCAAGAUAGAACUGAUCGAGCGCAUUCUGAUGGACUGCAAGGACGCUAUCCAGGCAGUGCGGGACGAAAUCAAACAGGAUCCCAAGUUACGUUCACUAACCACCGGGCAGACAGUAUCCGGCGUGCAAUAUCUUCUAGCCUACUUGAGUUACAUUCGCCACAGCCGCACGCUGCAGCGUAAUCUUUGCCUAGUGGAGCAGGCCAAGCUAAACUUUGACGAUCCCAACCAACAGUCACAACAGAAUGUGGGCGACGGCAAGCGCGUGAGAUCCCAGGAUUUGGCCCGCCUCUACGAGAUCAUCCUGCAGAAUGUCACAGAAAUGCAGCAGAUCACUGGCUUAGAAGACGAUGCAAAGUACCAGAGCGAGGUGGAGAACCUCUCCAUUACCUUCAAGGCCUUCCGCUGCUACUACAUUGCGCUUACCCUGAUCGACAUGAAGAAGUGGAAGGAGGCAGUGGCGCUGUACGAACGCGCAUCCAACUACGCCACCGAAGCGCUAAAGGGCAAGGCAAGCCCCGAGUUUCAGCUGCAGGAUGAGCUUAAGAAGGUCGUGUCAGCCAUCGAGGGCUGCAAGUUUUCUGCCCAUGCGUACAGUGUGCUGGAGGAUGACAACAGCGAGGAGGCCGGAACUACCACCAAGUCGCAAAAGACGACGAAACCUUUGUACGAGCGCUUAUCACUGUACAAGGAGGACCAAUCUCUGCACACCAAGACACCCAAUGUGUUCAAGUUGACCCCCGACAUGGAGCCCAUACCCUGCAAACCGCUCUUCUUCGAUUUGGCCAUGAACUACGUGGAGCUACCUUCGCUGGAGGACAAACUGGAGUCGCCCGGCAAGAAGGGCGCAUCGAUCACCGGUUUCGUCAAGGGAUUCCUUGGCUGGGGCGGCGGCGGCAACAAGUGAGAUUGAAACUAACCCCCACGAAGCACUCUUCUGGAAUUCCACGCAUCCAUGUUACACUUAUAAAGCCUACAGAUCCAUGUCCAUGCCACGGUAUGUCCGUUGUUCUUUAUAAGUUCUUUGUUUUGGCUUUUACCCCGCGCCAGAUUUGUUUUUCUACGCAACUUUUGUAAGUUAAAAAUUGAACAAUUAUUCGGUAAUAAAGGAACCUUCAAGAGAGAGCUAUAGUUCCUCAAAGGCAAA